GAUGGCUGCGCCCACAAUCUGUGUUCCAGGUCAGAGGAUUUGUCGUUUAGAGGAGACUUGUGAGGGAGGCAGUGGUACUUACUCCAGGAAUGGCUAUAUCUACUCUAGUCUAGCUGGCUAUCUACAGACUUCUCAAAAUGAGGAUGGAAAGUCACUUAUUCAAGUGAAAACACAAGAAGAACAGAAUAUUGUUCCCUCAUUAGAUGCCAUUGUUACAACAAGGAUAACAAAUGUCAACCCUAGAUUCUGUAAGUGUAUGAUUCUCAGUGUGGGAAAAAUUCCAUUAAAGGAGCCAUUCAGGGGACAAAUUAGGAAAGAGGAUGUUCGUGCAACAGGAAAAGAUAAGGUGGAAAUGUACAAAUGUUUCAGACCUGGAGAUAUAGUUGUUGCAAGAGUUCUUUCAUUAGGAGAUGCCCAUUCUUACCUACUCAGCACAGCAGAAAAUGAAUUAGGGGUUGUUAUGGCAACAAGCGAAGCAGGGGCCACCUUGGAACCAAUCAGUUGGUGCAAGAUGAAAUGUCCAAAAACAUUGGCAGAGGAGUUCAGGAAGGUCGCCAAAGUUCAACCUAAAUAUGUACAGUAUGCUGGAACUUAAUAAAAACAAACAAAACAUGAA